AUGACCACCAAACGACACGAGCGCCCACACCACCAUCCCAUCACUCCCCACCAACGACAAGCGAGGCCCACCAUGUCAACGGACGCCCAUGCCCACGCCAACGACGACGCGCACGACGACGUCAACGGACACGCACGCCCACGCCAACAACGACGUGCACGACCACGUCGACGGACCACUGCCACGUCAACGGACGACGGCGACGACGCCACCAACAGACGACGACGAAGCCAACGGACGACGACGAAGCCAAUGGACGACGACAACGCCAACGGACAAACGGACGACGACGAAGCCAACGGACGACGACAACGCCAACGGACGACAACGCCAACGGCCGAUGACGACAACGCCGCCAACAGACGACGACGCCAACGCACGACAUUGACGCCAACGGACGACGUCGACGAUGCCAACGGACGGCCACGUCGACGACGACGAGCGCGUCCCGCUCCACCACAAUUUUAA